AUGAUUGGAGUGGGGGCAUGCCCGUCGGCUGAGUGCCCGCGGGCGCCCGUUGCCCGCGGGCAGCAUUUUGCCCAUCCCUGGGGUAUAGGUUGGCUUCCCAAAAGAGAUGCAUUGUAUUUCACAACCCCGAAAGGUCAUAGGGAGGAUCGGAUUACUAAGCGAACCAUACUGUCUGAAAUGGCUCGAUUAUUUGACCCUCUGGGUUUGGUAGGCCCCAUAACGACGUCCGCGAAAAUACUGAUGCAGAGUCUAUGGAUUGACAAAAUAGGUUGGGAUGAUUCAGUUCCGAUGCAUAUUCAAACUUCUUGGUCAACGUUCAGGUCGCAGUUGUCCGAGUUGAGUUCCAUAGAAAUACCGAGGCUGAUGCAGGGCUUCGACGCGUGUCAGGUUCGUUUACAUGGAUUUAGUGAUGCGAGCGAGAGAGCAUAUGGAGCUUGCGUGUAUGUGGUGUGUCGGCACUCCAAUCAUAACGUUGGUUCCACACUGGUGUGUUCUAAGUCCCGAGUCGCGCCUUUAAAGGCCAUAUCCCUACCAAGGUUGGAAUUGUGUGGGGCAUUGUUGUUAGUUAAAUUGAUGAAAAAGGUCGCGGAAGCCGUGAAGGUUGACAUUUCAGAGAGGCACUAUUGGACGGAUUCCAAAAUAGUUUUAGCUUGGAUAGGUUCGCCUUCCAGGAGGUGGCAAACAUUUGUGGCGAAUAGGGUGAGCGAGAUUCAGGAUAGUUCGUCUCCAAACGAGUGGCACCACGUAAAGUCACGGGAUAAUCCUGCCGACAUGAUAUCUAGAGGGUCAACUCCCGCGCAGUUGAAUAGCUCUACGUUAUGGUGGGAAGGUCCGAGUUGGUUAAAAACUGAGACUGAUUUUUCAGAAACUGAAAGCCGUGGUGCGGAUCUGGACGGUAUACCCGAAGAGCGCAAGGUGGCGUCGAUGGCGAUAGCUAUAGUUAGUAAUACCGUCGUGGAAUUCGACAAGUUUUCUUCCUACUCUAAGUUGUUGCGUGUCGUGGUUUACGUAUUGAGAUUCAUAAGCGGUUUGAGAAAGCGCGCUAGCACGGAUGCGACGGAAUAUAUUUCCUCGGUAGAGUUAAGGGAGGCGCGAAAUGUAAUAAUUAGAUUAGUCCAAGCAGCGGCUUGGAAAGACGAAAUCCGUAAAUUAAGCGAUGACCAGGCGAUCAAUAGAAACUCUAAGUUAAUUGGUUUGAAACCAUACAUAGGCAAGGAUAAGCUCGUGAGGGUGGGCGGAAGGUUAGAUGGUUCGUCGUUGGAUGAGAACGCGAAGCACCCACUGAUUAUUCCGUCCGAGCAUUACGUCAACAAACUAAUUGUUAUGGAGAAACAUAAUAAGUGUUUCCAUGCUGGGCCUACGGCUACGUUGGCGGCAGUAAGGUGUGAGUUCUGGCCGAUUUCCGGGCUAAGCGUCGUGAAGAGGCAUUUGAGAAAUUGUGUGGUGUGUCGCAAGGCGGACCCGAUGCCAUAUCAGCAGCUGAUGGGGCAACUUCCGGAGGCGCGAGUGCAAGUGUCAAGACCAUUUGCAAGGGUAGGAGUGGACUACUGUGGACCCUUAUUCGUGAGAGACCGUGUGAGAAGAAACAGUAAGCAGUACAAGGCUUACGUGGCUGUAUACGUGUGCAUGGCAACGAAGGCGGUCCACAUCGAACUAGUGGACGACAUGACCACUCAGGCGUUCUUAGGAUCCCUGAAGCGAUUUACGGCGAGACGAGGAUUACCGUCGGACAUUUAUUCCGAUAAUGGCAGGAACUUCGUCGGGGCAGAAAGAGAGAUCCAACGAAUUCUCAACGAUCCUCAAUUUAAGAAGAGGAUCCCUGAUCUCUGUUCCGUCGAGGGUGUGAACUGGCAUUUCAUCCCAGCUAGAGCACCGCACUUCGGCGGUCUCUGGGAGGCGGCAGUCAAGACUAUGAAGCGACAUCUAAAACGAACAAUAGGAGAGGCGUCGCUCACUGUAAGCGAGAUGAUUACGGUCUUAACCCAAAUCGAGGCGAUCAUGAACUCGAGACCUAUCACUCCGCUUUCUGAUGAUCCGCGGGAUUUGGAGGCGUUGACUCCCGCGCAUUUUCUUAUUGGCAGUUCGAUGGCAGCGUUACCUGAACACGAUCUACAGGAGGUACCGACGUCUAAACUGUCCAGAUGGCAGCACAUCGAACAACUCCGUCAAAGGUUUUGGUCGCGAUGGUCGCGGGAAUAUCUGUCCGCGUGCCAGCAGCGAUCCAAGUGGAAAACUUUAAAGCGCGAAACAAUACGCGCGGGACAGCUAGUGAUGCUAAAGGAAGACGAGGCGAUGCCGUACAAAUGGACGAUGGCGAGGGUGUUGGAGACGCAUCCGGGCGUCGACGGAGUGGUGCGCGCCGUAACGUUGCGUACUGCUAAGGGGCAAUAUAAAAGGCCCAUAGUAAAGUUAGCACCUGUGCCUUGUGACUAA